AUGCGUUUCUUUCCCUUCAUUCCUCUCUUCAUUUUCAGCCUUUUAAUCUGCAGGUUCUCUAUGAUUAUGGGGCAGCAACCUUAUAUUGGUUUAGGCACAGUAGCCUGCCCUCGAAAGGGUAACUCAAAGUCUAUCCGUGGCUACACUUGUAAUGGUGCAAAUCGCAGUUGCCAAGCUUACCUUACCUUCAGAUCUCAACCUAUAUACAGUUCUGUCUCCUCAAUAUCUGCUUUGUUGGGUUCUGACCCAUCCCAACUUGCUCAAAUAAAUUCUGUUUCCCUGAAUGACACAUUUGACAUAAACAAGUUGGUGAUUGUUCCAGUCAACUGUUCUUGUGCAGGUGAGUAUUAUCAGACAAACACAUCCUAUGUGUUCCAUAAUUCAGAAACUUACUUCUUGGUUGCAAACAACACUUUUGAGGGCCUAACAACUUGCCAAGCUUUGCAGAAUCAAAAUGACAAUCCUGCUAAUAUAUACUCCGGUAGAAAACUUGCAGUGCCACUUAGAUGUGCUUGUCCCACAAAGAAUCAAACUGAGAAAGGCAUAAGGUACCUCUUAAGUUACCUUGUAAACUGGGGUGAUUCUGUUUCACUCAUUAGUGAGAGGUUUGGUGUCAACACUGACACCACUCUUGAGGCUAAUAGCCUUGCUAUGACACAAUCCACCAUCUAUCCCUUCACCACACUUCUCCUUCCCCUUCAUGAUAAGCCCUCCAAUUCUCAAACCGUUUCUCCACCUCAAACUACUCCACCACCCUCACUUUCCUCUUCUUCCCAAAGCUCAAACAAAACGUGGAUGUAUGUAGUUGUUGGAGUUGUUGUAGGAGUUUUUGCCUUAAUAGCAAUUCUCUCUGCUGUAAUUUUAUUCACACGCUAUGGCAAAAACAAAGAGAAACAAGGUUCAGUGAUUGUGUCCAAUAGUUUUGAGGCAGUUGAGAAAAAACCACAAGGGAAGGGAACAGAGAAAGGAAAUGAAAAAUUAUCAGAGAUCAUAUCUGGCAUAGCUCAAUCGUUCAGAGUGUACAGUUUUGAGGAACUACAGCUUGCAACAGAUAAUUUUAGUCCUAAUUGCUGGAUCAAAGGGUCGGUUUACCGCGGUGUUAUUAAAGGAGAUUUGGCUGCAAUUAAAAAGACAGAAGGAGAUGUAUCUAAAGAGAUAGAAAUAUUGAACAAGGUCAAUCAUUCUAAUGUGAUUCGCCUAUCGGGGGUGUGCUUCCACGAGGGGCGUUGGUACCUUGUUUAUGAGUAUGCUGCUAAUGGAUCCUUGAGUGAAUGGAUCUACUUCAGCAACGUGGAUGGGAAGUUUCUGAAUUGGACAAAGAGAAUGCAAAUUGCAUUGGAUGUGGCCACAGGACUUGAUUAUCUUCAUGGUUUCACGUCUACUCCUCAUAUCCACAAGGAUAUUAAGAGUAGUAACAUUCUCUUGGACAGUGAUUUCAGGGCAAAGGUAGCAAAUUUGAGCCUCGCGAGAUCAAUGGAAGGAACAGAUAACGAAUUUCCCGCGACAAGACACAUUGUUGGGACAAGGGGUUACAUGGCUCCAGAGUAUUUGGAACAUGGUCUUAUAUCUACAAAGCUUGAUGUCUAUGCAUUUGGGGUAUUAAUGCUGGAAGUGCUCACUGGAAAAGAGGUUGCUGCUAUUUUAACAGAAGAGAAUGCUGAUUUGUCACGCGUUUUAAGUUCCAUACUUGGUGAGGAAAGUGGCCAAGAGAGGUUGAAGGAGUUUAUGGAUCCCUCACUACAAGCUAAUUAUCCAUUAGAACUUGCUAUGUUUGUGAUUGAAAUGAUUGACAAUUGCAUAAAGAAAGAUCCAGCAAGUCGCCUUGAUGUGCACCAGAUUGUUCUAGCUCUGUCCAGAACACUUGACUCUUCAUUGAGUUGGGAAAGAUUAAUGAAUAUCUCUGAAUAA